AAUGUAACUGCAAACACUCAAAUAUAAAAAUAGGAGUAGUUCCCAGUGUAAAUAGUUUUUGCUAAAUAUUUUAUAAAAGUACAUUAAUUCCCAUAGUGUGUGCAAGAAACAUUCUGUCAGUGUGAGCUUUCGAGGUAUAAUCAAGCGUGUACUCUAAUAUCUUUUGUUGUAUGUUUGCCUGUAUGCAGUUAUUUUCCUGUAGUUCUCUAAGCAAAAUGAUACUAUAAUAGUAUGUGGUUGAUCUAUAUCAGUGUUAUACUGUACCAACAGGAAUACUCUGUGACAUUAGGUGGACAGUCAUUUCUCCCAAGUACAGGAAAAGUUCAAAAGUUAGUGAGGAAAAAGCUAUAAAAACCCAGUAAAUACAUCGACUAAUAUGUAUAUGCAAUACUCUGAUGUUCUGUGCUGAGAAAAACUAUUAAAAAGAUAAUAAAGCCAUACAUAUAGCCAAAUAACUUUACACAUGUCUAUAAUAGAUGUCAAUUAAUCUUCUUUUUAUUUAGUUUUUUCAAUUUUUUGUUUGGUAGAUUUGGUCAUCCAGAAAAACUUUUAAGAAAAAUGUUAUCAGAAUCACAAUAUUUGAGACAAUAUCCACAAAUGUUCACAAGAAGACAAAAAAAACCCACACUUUUGUGGUAUUUAAACUCUUUCAUUCCUGUUUUUUAGACAAUUAAUUUUUGGUGAAACUACGGUGUAUAAAUGAUUCUUGAGAAGUGCUCAGUUGCUUGGAAACCCAUGGCAACACUGUCCACGGCGCACCAGCAGGCCUUCAAGCCGAGGGUGUUCUUUAUCAGUGCUGUGAAAGGCGCCACCUCUUAAAAAGACUUUAUUUAACUGAGACUGAAAGCACUGAAAGAAAACUGGCACUAAAACUAAGGCUGUUUGUCCCCAAAUACAAAAGUGACACUUGCGGAAUUUUCCGUUCCCAUUCACUACUCCACAUUUGCAUUCGCUAAUUAAAGGACACAGUGUGAUUAUUUUGCACAGAUUAUUUUAUUCACUAUUCAUAAUUGAGAAUGUGGUCAAAACAUCACUUUAAUAGUUGGUUAUGUGAUUCGACGAAAAUGGUGAAUUUUAUAUCCUUCUUCUGUACUGUGUAAAAAUGCAGGCUCCAGCAAUGUUCUUAAAAAGAUCAGAUUUAGUGAGAAUGUCACCAGCUCUGCUGCUCUAUGGCUCCGAGGCUUGUCACUGUCCUGCAUUUUCCUGUGGAUCUGUUGUUAUUGUUUAGUGAAAAGAGCAGAAGAGUACUGAUGCCCUUCUUUUCUGUAGUACAGGAGACUCUUAGUGCAAGGUUUAGUUGACUCACUAAUGCUUUACUGUAAAUGUUCUCCGUACUCAUUUGUUCCCACGUUAAAGUGUAGGUGCUACGUUGCCAGGAGAUGGAAUUGCUGAUUGGUGAGAGCAUGAGACAAGAGUCCUCCCCCACAUCCUCAUCUCAUAUCCACACUCUGUGUUGAAUUGAAGAGGUGGUGAGGAUAAGUACUUGCCCACCUCCGUUGUUUUCUCUGUGUAAACUAGCCUCUGCCUCUCUGCUGUAGUCUCCUGCAUUCAGGCCUGACCACAUGACAGAGUACAAAUGAGAAAGGAUCCAUACAGAGGGCUUAGUUCAGACUAGGACUUAGGAUGCAAGGUUUAAAACUCCUCUACACAUGAGCACUGAAAAUCGAAUGGUCAUAUAAGCGAAGAAGUAAUUAGUGUGAAGAGGUCGGACAUGAAGAAGCAAAAAGCAAAGGAUUUCGGCACAGCUGUUAAAUCCUCGGCGUGGAUUAUGGGCACUACUGCCAGCGCAGGAUCCCAACCUGCAUCAGUGACUUCUACACACCACAUCGAUCACCAAGCUGGUGACAUCGCUGAAGACAAUUGCUCCAUGAACAGCAGCUCUUUGCCAGCGCUGAACAUUCCCAACAGCAAGGCCAAAUCUAUUAUCACAAACAAGGUGGCCCCCGUUGUAAUUACGUAUAACUGCCGGGAAGAGUUUCAAAUUCAUGAUAGUAUCCACGCAGCAAACUACUCUGUGGGAAAAAUAUCUGAUAAACUGCCUGAGCAUUACCUAGUGCUGGGGGAGUUUUUUAUGGUGCAGGAUGUGAACAGUAGAGCAGAUGUCUUAAACACUACAGGAAGCUACGGGGCCCCUAACUUCCGGAAAGUCAAGGAAAACUACCCUUUGUUUGGAAUGGGCCAGGCCAGCCUGAAUGGCUUUAAACAGGUCCUCCAGAAGCUAGAAAGUGAAGCAUAUGAGGAAGUGAUAUUCAUCUGUGUGCGAGAAGAGCCUGUUGUUUUCCUGCGUCUGGAUAGAGACUUUAUUCCAUACACUCCCAGGAGAAAGGAGAACCUUCAUGAGAAUAUACAUAACCUGAGAAGUUUGGACCGAGCAGAGAAGCUGGAGCUCUCUAUCAGAAAAGAGUUGUGUGACUUUGCCAAACUCUCAGAGAACGUCUUCUAUGUUUAUAAUGAAAUUGAAACCUUCAAAGAUGAGCCGCAACAUAUAAAGAUCAUGUCUGAGGAGGACAUACAUGUAACCGAGGAGGUUUAUAAAAGACCACAGUUUAGUUUGUCUUCUUACAGAUAUUAUAGACUUCCGCUUCCUAUGGAGGGGGCACCAAUGGAGGAGGAUUUUGAUGCCUUUGUAAAUGUGCUUAGGAAAAGCCCUAGUUUGUCAGUAUUGCGGGAUAGCUCCAGACCUUUACCUGCACUGCUGUUCAGCUGCCAGGUGGGAGUUGGACGAACCAACCUCGCCCUUAUCCUUGGUGCACUAGUCUUCCACCAUCUACAUGGGGCACCGUAUGAAACCAGGGAAGAGGAUGCAAGGGAAGAAGUCAAGCAGCAGCCAGAGUUUCAAGUCAUUGAGGAUCUGAUCAGUCGUCUCCCCAAAGGUCAACAAGUACUUGAUGAGGUCAAUAGAGCUAUUGAAAUGUGCUCUGAAAUGCACAACAUAAAAGAUGCAAUAUAUGAAAAUAAAAGAAAAAUGGAGGCAAUUAGUGAAGAUUAUCAAAUACAAGGAAGCAGUACAAAAGCCUAUUUCUUGCAAAGGACCAUCCAGAGUCUUGAGUCUUAUUUCUACUUAAUUGUUUUCAAUGCAUAUCUUCAUGAUCAGUAUCCUCAGAUGUUUGCCCAGAGUUUCAGCCAGUGGCUGUGUGAGAAUGCCUGGAUCUACAGGCUGCUUGGCAGUAUGAACCGUUCUGAGCUCUUAGCACCAGCCAGCCUUGUUACUGAUGGCACCAGGAUACUGGUGGCCAGUGAUUAUUUGUCACUAGAUUUACUUGGUACAAGCAAGGAACUAAGAGUGGCCAACUUCAGACGAGUUCUUAAGACAUCUGUGUAUGGCAUGGCCCAGCCAAGCUCUGAGGCUGUUUCUAUUGUGUUAUCUUACCUUACGGACGAGCGAAGAAAACAUUCCAGCAUUGUAUGGGUGAAUCUGCAAGAGGAACUGAUUCUGGAAGGUAAUGGGCAGAUGUUCACCACUCGAGAAUCAGGCUGUCUGGAGCAGCCAAUCCAUAUGUAUGUGCAGAACCCACAACAAAAUGAGACUUUGGAGCUGGCACUAAAGGAAGAAAUUCUCAGGUCUGAGAAGUGGCUUGAGGUAGUUCUUGUACAGGAGAAGCAGAUGAGAAUGCUGAAAAGCUGUCAUACUGUCCAAGAAGUCUUUGCCAAUCAAAAGAGCACUUAUCCAGGCCUCACAUAUCGACGAAUCCCUCUUAAUGACUAUUGUGCUCCAAAGGAAGAGUUUUUUGAUCAGCUGUUAGAGGCUAUGAAGUGCAGUCUUGGUGAGGACCCAAGUUCAGCUUUUAUCUUCAACUGCAGUGAUGGGAGAGACCGAACCACUACUGCCAUGGUCAUUGCCACACUUACUCUCUGGCACUUUAAUGGAUUUCCUGAUUGUAUGGAUGAAGAACUUGUAAGUGUUCCAGAUGCAAAGUACACAAAAGGAGAGUUUGAGGUGGUAAUGCAUGUGGUCAGACUGCUACCCGAUGGUCACCGUAUGAAACGAGAAGUGGACAUGGCCCUAGAUGUCGUCAGUGAGACAAUGACCCCUAUGCAUUACCACUUACGGGAGAUCAUUAUAUGCUCAUAUAAACAGAUAAAAACAGCAAAAUCAGAUGCUGAAUUGCAGCACUUACGCCUGAGAAGCCUGCAGUACCUUGAGCGCUAUAUUUACCUCAUCCUAUUUAACAGCUACCUUCACCUGGGGAAGAAAGACUCCUGGAGACGGCCGUUCAGCCUGUGGAUGCACCAGGUGGCAGCACGAGCUGGUAUUUAUGAAAUCCUCAAUCAACUGGGCUUUCCUGAAUUUGAGGCACCUGAGGGUUGGCCAUUGUCCAGACUACGCUACCGCUGGAGACAAUGUAGUGCUUCUUCACUGCCCAUCAGAGGAGAACUCAUCUAACCGAAUGAUUGACGGGAUUAAGAUUAGGCUGUUUAAAUAUUCAGGACACUAUUAUGGGCUUUAUCAGUAAUGCCAGCACCACCAAGCUAUCACUUGACCAAGGCUUUUCUCCACCUAACUGCCUUGCUCAAUUCGGAUGAAAGUAUUUUUGAAAUGAAUAAAUGUAAACAAUGAUUCACAACUCUGAUUAUUUCUAAAUGUAUGCAACUGAAUUAAAAUUCUGGGUUUGUGUCAA